CUUGAUUCCCGUAAUCUCUUCCGUUCCUCUGGCAGAUCGUUUGCUCUUUCUUGUCUCUUGAGGUGUCAUGGCCGACUCCUGGCUUCUGGUGCUGAUGUCUCUUCUUGGAGAGCUGGACCUCUCUGUCACUUACAAUGUGGAGGCCCGGGCACACAGAGAGUUCUCGGCAGAGGACAGCCAUCAGUUUGGGUACAAAGUGGCACAGAUGAAUUCCAGCACUGGAGAGAGAGUCCUCAUUGGAGAUCCAGGUUCCAACAUGCUGCACGCCUGUGAUGUCAUCAGUGGAAAUUGUGACAUCAUUGCACUGCCAAAUCAGCACAAUGUCUCCCACCUCGGCCUGACUCUGGAAGUGGAGCCUAUUACCAGUCAUUCUCUUGUUUGUGGCUAUGAAGAACCCCAUGACUGUUCCAAGAGCUUGUACAUGAAUGGCGCCUGCUACACGCUGAACUCCAGCCUUAUGGCAUCUCAGAUGGAGAGCCCUGGUUAUCAAGAGUGUGAGAAGGUUCCAGUCGACCUCUGCUUCCUGUUCGAUGACUCAUCCAGUGUGGGGAAUCUGGAGUUUACUAUUGUUCGAGAAUUCCUGCUCAGCGCAGUAAAAAACCUAAAGAACAGCACCGUAAAUUUUGCUGUUGUCCAGUAUAGCACCAAAGCUCAGAAGAUUUUUGAUUUCAAUGGUUACCAACGUGGAGAAGGUCAACGACGACUUGAGGAUAUGAAACAUGUAGGAGGUGUAACAAACACCUACCAAGCCAUCAACUUCACCUUAAAUAAGAUCUUCACUCCGGAGGCGGGAGUACGGAAGGAGGCCAAGAGGAUAAUUGUACUGGUGACAGAUGGAGAGGCCUAUGAUGAAAACAAAGGAGUGACGGAUAAAGCAGACGAAAAUGGAGUCACACGAUAUAUAAUUGCGAUAGGAAAGAACUAUAAAGAAAAUAAUAUAAAAGAAAUGGCUUCCAGUCCGUCCCAAAACCAUUCACAUAACAUGCAGGAUUAUUCUAAUCUGAAGGGAUUCUUUAGUGAGCUGCAAAGCAAGAUCUUGGCUAUCGAAGGAGUUCCGCAGGGUCAAAAUUUUACUCGAGAGAUGUCAUCUGCUGGUUUCAGUGCUGCAGUCACACAGGGUCGGAGGAUUCUGGGAGAUCCUGGUAUUUUUGAAUGGUCUGGUGGAAUCCUUGAUGUCUCAGAGGAGGAUAAACUCAUUUACAUGUCCCAAAUUGAAGAGGAUAAGUAUGGUUAUCUAGGUUACUCCAUUAAUCUUCUUCAUACCACCAAUGGACUCUUCUGUGUGGUGGGCUCUCCACGCUUCCAGUAUGUCGGACUCGUCACGGUCCUGAAGGAAUCUGCCAAAGAAACUAAAUGGAAGAAGAUUGAUUCCGUACUGGGGAAACAAGUCGGCUCUUAUUUUGGUGCAGAGAUUGCGGUCUCAGACCUUGACCAAGAUGGUGUGACUGACCUGGUGCUAAUUUCGGCUCCUCAUCACUAUGAACUGAGAUGGUCCGGAGAAGUGUCAGUGUACCGGUUUACUGAGAAGCUGAACUGCAUUGUCACUCUCCAUGGGGAGCCGGGUCAUCUUCACUCUCAGUUCGGAGCGGCAGUCUCAUCACUUGGGGACCUGGAUGGAGAUGGCUAUGCUGAGGUGGCUGUGGGAGCCCCAUAUGAGAUGGAAGGAAAAGGAGCGUUGUAUAUAUAUAAAGGGGAGCCUGGAGGACUGUCAGCUGCCUACAUUCAGCGGCUGCUUAGUCCUGAAGGAAUGCUGGGAUUCGGUCUCUCUGUACAUGGAGUCCUGGAUAUGACAGAGGACGGCCUGGUAGAUGUGGUUGUCGGAUCGUGGGGCCAUGUGACAUUGCACAGAUCCCAACCUCUGCUCAAUGUGAGUGUGAGUGUGACUUCAAACCAGACCUACUUGGUUGUUUCCCGUAUGGAGGCAAAUGGCUGUAGCAAUAGGCUGACCCUAGAGGCGUGUGUGCUCACCGAGAUACAGACCCCCAAAUACACAGGCAACUUAUCGUUGUCCAUGUCCAUCCAGUACCAUCUUGUCCUAGAUUCUCAUGAAUCUAAGAGCCGAAUGUUCUUUAAAAGGGAUCAGAGAGAAGUUAACGGGACCCUAGUGAUCCAGGGGCCUGGACUCCAGUGUGAGAGCUAUAUGAUAUUCCUCCAGGACUGUGACGUGGAGGAUGUCUCGGAGGUGCAGAUGUCUCUUGCAGCCUUUGUAGAACGAGUUGAGUCUCCUUGGCUACUCUCCCAUUCCAGUAGCCUCAGUGCCACCAACCUGAUUUCCUUUCAGAUGUGCGAAGAAGGAGAGAAGUGCGAGCCGGAUAUGAGCAUUCAGCUACAUCAUUCACCUCUGGUGGUGCAGGAUGGCGCCUCGUUCUCCAUAUUCCUUGGGUUGCACAAUAUGCAUGUGAAGGCGCAUCAGACCCGACUGAGCAUCAGAGUCCCAGAUGGACUUUAUUUCCGAAAAGCCAAUUUCACAGAG